UUUCGGAGUACGAUCAGCGCCUCUAUCGGGAAAACGCUCAAGUUUGUCGUGGAAUAGUUCCCACUGUCAACGCUAGAUGGGGCCAUUCGUUUGUUUUAAUUAAAAAAUAAAGAAUUGAGGGUUAAAAAUUGGUUUCCAUUCAAAUUUUAACAUUACGAAGCUUGUUCACCUAUUUGUUAUUGGAUAUAAUAAAAAAAAACUUGGACGUAACAAAUGGCUUCAUCUAGCGUUGACAGUGGGAACUAUUCCACGACAAACUUGGACGUUUUCCUGAUAGAGGCGCUGAUCAAACUCCGAAAAUAGUUCGUAUGUUCACCGCUAGAUGGCUAUUCAUUUGACCGAAAAUACCGGGAAACUAGUGGAUAGUUUAAAAAUUGUAAGCAUCGCGCUACUUACCUUCUAUUUGAAAAGUUAUGAUGAGAUAUGAAAUUGUUAUACUCGAAAUAAUUAAAAUAAAAAAAAAAGAGAUACAGAUCAUUUUAUUUAUCCUUUUUUUAAACGUUUUAAUAUAUAUAAUCGUAAUUUAUCUUACAAUUAUAAUUUACGAAAGCUGUUACUAUGAGGAUAUCGAUUAUGAUAUUUUGUUUACAAAUGGUCGGCGUUCGUUCACGUCUUUCUUAUCAUAAAAAUGUCAACCCGCAUGGAAUAUAUAAUUUCACCAUGGGAAGCCGAAUCGUACAUACAAACUUUACAAAUUUCCGAACUUCAAGAUGUAGGAACGAAAGGUUGGCUCGAAUUUCACAAAAGACUGAUGUUAUUAAAUCAACAAAGCGUUUUAGAGAUUAACGCUUUGCGGGAAGAAACUAUUAAGGAACUGUUUGUUUCUUUUAAAAAGAUAUCGAUUCUUGUAUACGAAGCUAUCCAAAUUGAUAUAUGGAAGCAUAAAGUAUUUCCAUUACUAGUAGAAAUAAAUGCAGAACCGAAAAAUACGUUCAUGCUUUUCACAAUAUUUUACCAUGAAAAUAUAGCCGUCUCUUUAUUGGAAAAUGUAUUGUUUCAUUGCGAAAGUGCCGAAACUAUCGACGAUUUAGUUAUCGAUCUUGUCGAUUACUCGGUUAGAUGUGUUUCUAAGCUUCUGGAUAUACAGGACGUUGAAAUUUAUGAAAAUAUAAAAAAUCCCAAUUCGUGCCUCGAAGAAAUAUUAGAAAAAAAGAAGGAACUCGAGUUUGACAUCGGCAUGCGUUGCAUAUCGAUUCUCCGUUAUUUAGCAGAAUUCUCAGAUAGUUUGCCAAUUUGUGUAUUGUCCCGAAUGUUGAGCACGCACGAUGUACCCUAUCUUCUCGUUCAACUUAUCGAAAGCCAUCCGUGGACGAGGGAAAAUGAAGAAGGUGAAAGUAUGAUAUACAACGGCGGCUGGAAAAAACUAAAGUCGAGCGAAGAAGGAAAAAUUUCUAAAAUAGAAGGGCAAGUUUGGUUUGGUUUACGAGAGUUAUUACUAAAUCCAAAGUGUGCACCAUAUUACGAAAUUACCGAGCACAGAAUAUCUCAACUGUUGAAGUUACAGAAAUAUUUAGACGAAAGUGUAUUAGACCAAAUUUCUCCUCUGAUAGAAUUGAAAAGAUGGCUAAGUUAUUUGAGUGUGUCAUCGUCUCGAAUUAAGGCACCGCGAGCAGUAAACGUGGAACUUAUACCACAGAUAAAAACAUCGAUAAUGGAGAAGUAUCAUAAAAAAUGGAAAAAAUUGGCGAAGCAUCAAUCAAAAUUCAUAUACACAACAGAUGCGGAAGACGUUAGGAAUGCAGCGCAAAUUAUAAGCGAUGCAUACGACUUGGAUAAAUUAGACUGUAUCGAUGUCAAAGAAUGCUUUCUAUGUCAGGAGGUGGCAAACAAACGUUGUUCUAAAUGCAAAAGUGCUUGGUAUUGUGGAAGAGAAUGUCAAGUAAAGGAUUGGGAAAAACAUAAAGUGAUCUGUGAAAAAAUAAUUAAAGGUGCAGACGACAAAGAAAAGUGAUUUCAAAAGUAUCCAUUAUCAUUUUUAAUUUGCAAUGAAGAAGAAAUAUAAUAUAAUAGCUUUCGACUAUUUAUCAAUGAAUUUUAGUUAAUUUUAUUAAGUAUACAUAAGGAUUAAAUAAACUACACGUAGGAAAUUAUGUAGAAUGUUUUAUU